AUGAUGUCCCUCGAUCAGUGGGAUUGGAAGACAUCGGCUCCAGAAUUUGUUCCAGGUGUCCUUCAUGGGGUAACCUCGGGUCCUCUCGUCGGCGCGUGGGUGGCGCCUCACUCGGGAAGCUCGCCAGAGGGUCAACUUGCCAUGGGAGAUGUGCGGCAUUCCCCAAUGUGUGCCGCUCCGGGUGGCCCGGUGGCCAUGGGCUUCGUGGGUUGCCUUUCAGACUUUGGAGGCCAUGGUGCCUGGCAGGCCGUGGGCCCCGUGGGCCCUUGCCAGGCGCAAGGCGGCGGAGCCAUGUCCGGCAUGAUGGCUCCAGGUCCUUGCCCCGUGCAGGUAGAGUUCGGCGGACCUCAGCCGUACUCCGACCGCCAGGAGAUGAUGGAUCCGCUUGGAAGCGCUCCGAGCCAGCCGAGCCAGGAAGAGGACUACGCAGAACGUAUCCGUGCUGCACAACUUCAAGCGCGCUAUGAACAGCGGCUGAAGUCCAAGGACCAAGAGCUUCGGUACCUUCAAGAAAGACUGAAUCGGCAGGAAGACGAGACAGCCAAAAUGCAGGCCGAGUUUGAGCGAGAUCGGCAGGGCCUGCUGUACAAUCUGAAUCAGCUAUCCCACGUUGUGGCCACUGAGCGGAAAGGGCAGACGCAGUGGGGAGAUCGGCAGGGAUGGUCCAAGAAGCGAGAGAAGCAGCAGCAGGAGGCCUCCGUCCUGGGCUCCGAGGGGACGCUCUGCAAGGCGGAGGGUCGCCGCGAAGGAACAACAACUUCCCGGUCGCGACUUCACAAGGAGCCCGCCAUGCCAGCAACAGGUGAUCGACGCGAUCGACCACCAGCGGUGUGGAGGCCGCAGCCGUCGAGUGGCACACUCUGGAGCGGUGACCGCUUCGAGAAGUUUGCCCGGCAGACGCCCGGGGCUUUUGAGCUGCGGGAGAAGGUAGAUGGCUCCGGCUGGACAUUGAGGCUACGCUUCGAGGAUCUAAGCCCGCCUCUGAACGAUGAGGGCAUGCAGGUCUUCUGCAGAUGGCUCCACCAAUCCGCACUGCAGAGGAUGCGGGAGGAGAAGUUGCAGGGCCUCCGGUCGAUGCGGACGGUGGAGGCAGAGGUUUCCUUUGCAUGGAACUACAUGGGCGACGAAGCAGUUGGACGCUUGCUACAGGCCCUCCAGCGCUCGGAGCUGCGGGUGGCAACCCUGAACUUCAGUGGCAACUGCCUUGGGCCGGCUGGUGCCUCGCAUGUCUGCGACUUCCUUCAGGAAGCCAGCUUCGGAGUUCGGGAGAUCUCUUUGUCGCACAACCUGCUCGACGAGGCUGUGGUGAUGGAGCUCUUGGGCAUGCUUUCCGACCACCCAAAGUAUCCAUUGAGAAGGCAUGGCAAGGCGGAUCCGGUGAAAUUACUGCUAAGCAACAACGGCCUCCAUGCUGCGAAGCUUCUGAAGAAGAUUGGAGGGAUUGGAGGGCUGUCCUUGCAGUCUUCUCGGACUCGUUCUGCAAGGGAUUGGCACGUCCUCAAGAACGGUGUGGACCUGUUGAAGCUUCCCGAUUUCGAGAUGCAGGAGCAAGUCCAAGAGCCGGGAUCGGAGACGGAGAGUCCUCUGGAUCGGGAUCGGGCAGCGGAUCGGAAGCUGGAGCGAAACAAGCCCGUGUCUCGCGUGCCCAAGAGGUCCGAAGCCCUCCGGGCGGCGCCCAGCCCCGAGGUCCGUGGUGAUGGGCCAGGCGUACCUGAGCAGACGCCGGAGCCGGAUGUGCAGACGCAGACAUUGCCCAAGCAGGAGGAAAAAGAGAGAGAACUUCGUCAGCGGAGUACGAGAAACACGAUCAGGUUUCCGCCUCGCUCCAAGCUGGCCUUGGAGAAAGCGGGAAGGCACUACCGCGACCGUCUGAGGAAUGGCGCAGCUGGUGCUCAUCGCAUCGAGGAACAUCCCAACGAGGAUGACGAAGACGAAGAAGUUCUAGCUCCGGAAGCCAAAGACGAUCCCGAAGACGACGAGCUGCCGAUUUCCAAGCCGGCUGUUCGCAUCACUGCACCUCCAAAGAUUUUGCAGCGAGAGAAUGCCGUGGUGCCGACCGCAGCACAGGCAGUACAAGGCGGAGCCCGUGCUGACGCUCCGACCGGCCCGUGA